GUUUGAUAUUACCGCACGCCGGCCAGCCUUACGUAUGACCCGUUGUCGGUGAAGGGUAUAUAAUUGAUUUCAGUUCGAUAUCAGCUGUAAACAUUAAAAAUAUAUUUCCCGCCACUAUUCAUUUCUUCGUUGAUUCCUUAUCUUUUAAGACUUACCCCUUUUAUCUGUUGUGACUAUCAUUCUGCUCGAAUCAGCUAGGCUAACCAUAAUGCAUUUCAAGGAACUUACUCAACAUUCAAAUAAUUUUGAAGAUUGGGUUAGAGAAAAUGCUGUUGAGGGCGAAGAUGGCCAUGGAAAUUGUGCACAAUUCGUAUCACCCAGCGCCUUAUCCAAAUACUGGAACUGGCACCGCGUGCAAACAGUUCUUAGAGACUCAGGCGCAGCAGCGAGCGUUGCUACUAUACAACAAGCAUACAUCCGUGUAUUCAGCAUCCUAGUCUACACAAACCAGAUAUCUUCUCUUGAUAAUUUCCUGAAGAAUGGUCUUAACGACGAGAGACUGCCCCUCGAGCAAGCCCCAAGUCAAUGGCCUAAGAACGAUGAUGAUAAUAAUAAUGUUCUGGAAAAGUUCAAGGAACAUCAAUGGAGGUUCUGCCCCUUGAGAAUAAGUUGCCGCUCACUCUUGGGCCAGACGUUGGAUGACCGCCAUAUUCUGCCCAUCAAAUCAAAGACACUUCUCCACAAACCGCAGAUAGAAUCCGAGAUUAGGAAGGUUGUCUUCUAUCGCGACUGUAUUGAUGAUGAACUACCAGGUACUAUUAUCCUGAAAUCAUACACGCAUCCCUCCACAGCGCAGUCGCUAUAUAAGGCCGAAGUGGAUGCAUUUACGAAGAUACGCAAUAGCGCGUCGAAACAAAACCACUCUAAGUUUGAAUAUAUCAUUGAAUUUUACGGCCAUUUCAAGCAAAACAAAAAGUAUUACAUUCUUCUAGAACACGCUGAAGGGGACCUGGACUCGUACUUCAACAACACUAAGCCUCCCGAAGACGCACCCGAAAUGAUCCAAUUUUGGGAGAGUAUGUUCAAACUCAUCCAUGGCCUAAGUCUCAUCCAUAAUCUAGGCGAUCCUGAUGAGCAAAGCACCUCGAUGUCUCUUGGUUCUCACCAAGACAUCAAACCCGACAACAUACUCGUGGCCAGGGGAAACCGGUCUAGUGAUUACAGAAUAACCCUCAAAAUUGCAGACUUCGGUAAAAGCGACUUCUGGAACGUUUCUGAUGACAAUCGCAAUGUUUUGGGAGUCGAUAAUAGAGGAGAUCAAAUCUACAGCGCCCCCGAAUGUAUCGUGAAUUAUCCUGUGCUGGAGAGGUUUACCAACCGUGUUGGUUCUGAAGUAGACAUCUGGUCAUUAGGUUGUCUCUUCAGUGAAUCGGCAGUCUGGGCUACAUGCGGUCAGGAAGGCCGGCAAGAGUACCUGCGAAAGCGGGUCGAGGAGACCCAAGGAAUUGAGUCCAUGGCUCGAUCUGGGUUUGAGGGCUGUUUUCAUGAUGGAAUUAGGGCUCUGUCCCAAGUGGCCAUCAUGCACGACCACAUCCUUAAGAAUCGGCGACCCUGGGACACGAUUACGCCCGAGGUUAUCGAGCUGAUACGUGAUUCGAUGCUGUUAGAGCCGAUGAUUAGGAAGAGUGCCAAGAAAUUGCUACAGCUGUCAGGGCAGAUAAAACAAAAAGCAGAGCAAAAGGCACGAGAGUUGGGCUACAUACCAACCCACGUGCCACGGACACCCACCGAUCCCGAACUUUCUUCGAACAAGAUAACAGUUGACGAUGUUCUACGGUACCGGCUGAACAUGAAAUCAGAUCAGUCACCAAACAAGUACGUUGCGACUCAGAUCAAACUGCUCCAAGAGAGGAUCAAAGGCCGAGAUCAGAUUUUCUUGAUUGAUGAUUCGAAAUCCAUGAAGACUGAGCACCAAACAGACUGUGAAAAGACCUUCACCGCCCUGUCCUAUAUAGCGAAGAGAAUCGACGACAAUGAAAUCGAUCUAUUCUUCACAUCCCACCCGUCCAAAAUGUACCACAACCGGAAAACAUCUAGACUCCUUACCGACGUACAGGAGCAUUAUCAUUAUAGCGACAGCGGCCCAUCUAUGAUGGAAGACAGCAUGAGCCAGGCAAUCAACUACAUCGACAAACAGUUCUCCAACAUCAUAUUCAAGUUAAACCUGAAGCCACCUCCCAGAAUCACCCUGUUUGUACUCACAGACGGAAAAUGGGGUGAUGCAGAGGGAACUGUCCCGGGCAUUGAAGAGGAGAUCAAGCGGCUUAUAAAGACGGUUCAAUCGAACAACUUGGGCAGGACUUCGGUCGCUAUACAGUUCAUACGAUUCGGAGACGACUACAAGGCUAUGGAGAGGCUCAGCCAACUGGAUGACUUUGGGAAAAGUCUGGACUGGGAUAUCGUUGACACGAAGGCACACACAGACCAUGUACCUGACAUGUUCAUCGGUAGCAUCGACAAUGGUGUGGAUGAAAAAGGCGAAUGAGCUGAGUAAUAUCUAUAUGAUCUUAUGCGUAGCAACCCUAUUGGGACGAGGUACCUCCCUUCUUCGGAAUCUACAACCUGCCAGAUCUGCACAGAAGACUAUUCGAAAUAACUCGUCCAGACCCCCUGAAACCCCUUUGGGUAGCCAUGAACACGAUGCCGUGUUCCCCUUUUAGGCCUUUUAGUCAAGCUCCAUUGGCCCCCUUAUUGUGGGGUGCCCGUCUUGGCGUCUACAACGUUCCGAGAACCUUAAACAAUCGGCCAUCCAUGCCCGUCACCCGUUGUGGCCAGUGAGGGAACAAGUUAGCCUUCAUCAUGAGAUGUAUCACAAAUAAACGCAUGUAAAGAACCGGGUUAUAUU